UUAUACUUAUCUAUGUAUCAGACGGAUCAUAUCAUACCAUUCAUAGUCUCGAUCGCCCCAAUAUGAAAAACUUGCUACUGCACGGCUUGCCAAUAAUUUUGGUACUCAUCCAUCUCGGAUCUGCAGCUAGGGGAGGAAGAUUUUCCGGGAGUAGAAGUGGAAGUUACCGCAGGACCUAUUACAGUUCCGGGACCUAUUACAGAUCGGGUGGUGGGUGGGGUGGGGGUGGCGUCAGUUCAGACACAUUGAGAUAUGUCUACAUUGCGAUCAUGGGUGCCAUUGUUAUCGGCCUAAGCAUCUUCAUCUGCUGCGUCUGCUAUUCAAAUGCUAAACAAAGGAGAGAGAUAGCAAAACGAGAUGGGGGAAAAACUUCCAAAAAGGUCGACCAGAAAAGAUCCAGGAAUGUUGUUGGCACUACCGAUUGUUAACAAGAUCCCAAGGCCUUACAGUGACAUGUGCAUUGAUAUGUGUAUUUUGUAGUAUUUUGUAUGGUUGUAAAUAACUCCCAUUUGUUUAUUUUUAUCUCAUAAUAUUUCUUCCGAAAUUUCAGAAUCAUGUACAUUUAAGAAAUUUAUAGAUAAUAAUUCAUAUAUUGCAUGAGUGGUUUAGUUCCUGAUUCGAUCUGUUACU